CCCGCAGGGGCGGGGCGGUUCCGCACCACCCCCGGCAGCGUGAUGGUUGGCGCCACGCCGUGGUCACGUGACGGUGCUUACACUCUAUGGCCGUACUGGGGUCACGUGAUGGGCCGGCGCGGCAGCCAUGGCGGCGCGCGGAGUGUGACUAGCAGGAGCCGUGCUGAGCCCUGCAUGUGCUGAGUCCCGCGUGUGAUCAGAUCGUGGCCCCCCCCCCUCCUCCUGCCACCAUGGUGACCAAGGAGGAGGUGGAGGCCAUUGGCCGAACGCUGGUGGACUCGACCCAGCCCCUGUCUGCUCGGUUCCGGGCUCUCUUCACCCUGCGCAACCUGGGCGGCUGCACAGCUGUGGACUGGAUCAGCCGGGCCUUUGCGGAUGACUCUGCGCUGCUGAAGCAUGAGCUAGCCUACUGCCUGGGUCAGAUGCAGGAUGAAGCAGCCAUCCCCGUGCUCAUCCGUGUGCUGGAAGACACAGGCCAGGAGUCCAUGGUCAGGCACGAGGCCGGUGAAGCCCUGGGUGCUAUUGGGAAUCCUGCUGUGCUGGAUAUCUUGAAACGCUACUCAGAGGAUCCUGUGAUUGAGGUGGCAGAGACAUGUCAGCUGGCAGUGAGGAGGCUGGAGUGGCUGCAGGAGCACAAGCAGGAGCCAGACACCAGCCCCUACCUCUCCGUGGAUCCUGCUCCCCCUGCUGAGGAGACAGAUGUGUCCAAGCUCCGUGAAACCCUCCUGGAUGAGUCCUGCACCCUGUUUGACCGCUACAGGGCCAUGUUUGCUCUGCGCAACCUGGGGAGCCAGGAUGCUGUGCUGGCGCUGGCGGAUGGACUGUGCUCCAGCAGUGCCCUGUUCCGCCACGAGAUUGGCUACGUGCUGGGCCAGAUGCAGAACGAGGCCUGUGUCCCGCAGCUGACGGCUGCGCUGUGCAGCCACACCGAGAGCCCCAUGGUGCGUCACGAGUGUGCCGAGGCCCUGGGCUCCAUUGCCCGUCCCUCCUGCCUGGAGACCCUACGUGCCUUUGCCUGCGAUGAGGAGCGGGUGGUGCGGGAGAGCUGCGAAGUGGCACUGGACAUGUAUGAGUAUGAGAACGGUGCCCAGUUCCAGUACGCUGAUGGGCUGUGCAAGCUGCAGGCCUCUGCCUGAGCCCUGCUGUGGGGGGCACGUGCUGGGCACGCUGCCUCAGCACCCCUCGGCUGCGCUUCCCUGGUCACUCAUGUCAACGUGGAUUCAUGCCUUGCCAUAGUGGAGGUGGAAGAGGAACUGAAUUUGCUCUCUGGCACAAUUACAGCUGCCUUCUCCCUCCAAAUCCAGGCUGAGCUUUUACUUGCCCUUCCCUCCAGCCUCUGGUUCCUGGAUCUGCCAGGACCAGUGCAGCCUGCCUGCAGCCUGGCUUGGGGCUUGGACCAGGUGGGCUCCACUCUGCACGUCGGAGCCUGUCUGCUGCAUGGGGCCUGCAGCUGUUCCGGGCUUGUGCUGCCAUGGUGGCUGGGUGUGAAAUAGCUCUGUUUGCUCUGCCUGAGUUUUGCAGGGGAGCCAGGGCUGCUUUGGGUGCUUGCACUCAUAGAUUGUAGCAGCAAUGCCUUGAAAUUACCCUUGGUGCUGGUGCUAAGCUGGGUCUCUCCUUGGCUCUGCGGUGCAAGAGCUGCUGUGGGUUUGGCCUCUCCUGUCAGGGUAGGCCAGGGCUGUGCUUGCAGCAGCCUUUGCCGUGGGAUGGGGUUGUUUUGUGGCAAAAUUUGGAAGAUUUGGCUGCGCUUUUUAUUUCUGUAGGGAAUGGCGCUGCCAUUAGGGCUUACAGCGUGAGGCAGAGCCUGCCUGGACUUUCCCCCACAUUUAACCAGGCCUGGGAGGGCUGAGGCUGGUGUCUGUCUACCAGCGCCCAACCAGCGUGGGCACGGCGGGGCUGGCAGGGAAUAAAGCGCUGUCGGGAGGAGCUCC